AAUUUUCAUUAAUACGGAAAAGAACAUAGCAUAAGAUACACACCAAUGACCAAAAGUCAAAACCCUCUCAAAACCCCUGCAAGUUCUCCAUAACCAUAAUAACGCGACGCUAAUGCAUGAAGAGGUUCCACUCCAACGUUCCCUACCUUCAUUCUCUCUCCUCCAUUAGAGACCUCAUUGCUCAAAAUCUCCAUCCUCAAGCUCUUAAACGCUCUCUUUCUCUCUCCUCUCCUUCACUCACCGACCAAACCUACGCUCAUUUCUUCAAAUCCGGCCAUGUCCUCGACACUUACCUCGCCACCUCUCUCAUCACACAUUUCUCCAAAUCUGGCGACUUUUCUCGCUCCUUCCGCUUCUUCCUCGAUGCGCGCAACGUCGACAUUAUCGCCUUCAACGCUUUACUUUCUGGGUACGCGCAAUUUCACGAUUUACCACCCUCCAUUGUUUUGUACAAUAAGUUGGCAUGUUUUGGACUUAGACCUGAUAAGUAUACUUUGAGUUCUCUGAUUAAAUCGUGUGAUACUUUAGAAAGAAUCAUAGUUUUUCAUGCUGUUUGUUUUAAAUUUGGGUUUAAUUUAGGUGGGUUUGUGGUUAGUGGAUUGAUUCAUAAGUAUGGGAAAUGUGGGUGUGUUGAAUCAGCUGAGAAAUGUUUUCAGGAAUGUUUGGAUUAUGAUUGUGUUGUUUGGACUGCCAUGAUUAAUGGGUAUGUUUGGAAUGGUGAAUUUGAGAAGGGUAGAAAGAUUUUUGUGGAAAUGAGAGGGUUAGGGUUGGAAUUGAAUGAAUUUAGUUUGACUGCUGUGGUUGGUGCAUUGAGGGAGGUUAGGGAAGGUGAGCAAAUUCAUGGGUUUGCUCAUAAAAUUGGGUUGGUUUCUGGUGGUUCGCUUCAUUUGAGUAAUGUGGUGAUGAAUAUGUAUUCUAGGUGUGGGGGUAGACUUGAUGCUCUUAAGGUGUUCGGCGAAAUUGCUAAUCCGGAUGUCGUAUCGUGGACUGCUAGGAUUGGGGCGUCUCGCGAUGGUAGUGAAGCAUUAGAGGGUUUUAAAUUAAUGCGGUUGAAUAAUGUGGAAGGAAAUGAGCUUACUGUUGUUAAUGUUUUAUCAGCAAUUGAGGACCCUAGGUUGUUGAUGGCUGGGAGGCAGGUUCAUUCACUUUGCCACAAGGCUGGGUAUUUGACAGUUAUAUCUGUUGGUAAUGCUCUUAUUUCCAUGUAUGGGAGGUGCAGAGAGAUGGAUGAUGCUAAGCUAGUUUUCGAUGAAUUGGCUUUUCAUGAUUCUAUAUCUUGGAAUUCUUUGAUUGGGGGGUAUUCUGAAAUUGAAUCACUGAGUCUUGUGCUACGCGUAUUUGGUCAGAUGCGUGAUCUUGGUGUUCAACCCGAUCAGUACACCCUUGCUAGUAUUCUUGGCGCACUUAGAGGCCCUCAAUAUGCUGAUCUUGUGCUGCAAAUCCACUCAUACAUUAUUAAAACUGGAUUAUUGUGUGAUGAUUCAAUGAUCUCUUGUUUGAUAUCUUCAUAUGGUAAAUGCUCUUGCUUGGAUCAGGCAAAGAAGGUAUUAUUUAUGAUACAAGAAAUUAAUGUUGGGCAUUUCCAAGUGAUGGCAGCCACAGCUGUUACUGUAGGUCGCCCUGCUGAUGCCUUGGAGUGCUUCAAAUCUGCAAUGAACCUGUGGUCUGAAAUGGACGGUGUUACUUUGAGUAUAAUAUUUAAAGCUUGUAGUGCUUUGACAAAUCUUGGGCAAGGAAGGGGUAUUCAUUGUUUGGCUGUGAAAUCUGGGAUUGGAAGUGAUAAGUUUGUUGAAACUGCUAUCAUUGAUUUUUAUUGCAAGUGUGGAAGCAUUUCUGACGCACAGAGCGUAUUUAUGGAUAUAUCUAGCCAUAAUUUGGCUGCGUGGAAUGCCAUGAUUGCGGGAUAUGCUCAACAUGGUUGUUACAAUGAAGUUCUUCCCCUGUUUAGAAAGAUGAAUGAACUAGGUGUGAAGCCUGAUGAGAUAACAUAUCUCGGAAUUCUUCAAUCCUGCUGUCAUGCUGGACUCGUGAAUGAAGCUAACAUUUAUUUGAAUUCUAUGUUUGAAUUUCAUGGACUGGUCCCUUGUCUAGAACACUAUGCUACUGUGGUUGACUUGUUAGGCCGAGUUGGCCUUGUUAAUGAAGCAAUGCUCAUCAUUGACAAAAUGCCUGUAAGCCCUGAUGCUCAGGUGUGGCAGAGUUUGCUGUCAGCCUGCCAUAAUUCUGGUAACUUGGAAGUUGGAGAAGUUGCAGCGAAGGAACUUCUUAGGUUGCAGCCUGAAAAUGACUCUGCCUACAUUCUUUUGUCAAAUCUUUAUGCUAGAGCGCAUGACUGGGAUGCUGUAAGAAGAUUGAGAAGGGAGAUGAAAGAGAAAUUCAUACACAAGGAACCGGGUUCUAGCUGGAUUGAAGUUGGAGGAUCUGUCUACCACUUUCUGGCUGAGGAUACUUAUCAUCUCGAGAAUGUGAACAUCUACUCUCAUUUGCAAAGUAUUGCCCAACAAAUGCUAUCUCUGUCAGAAGAAACAGAAGUUUCCUUUGUUUCUGUGGAUCUUUGUUGACUUAUCGAGGGUAUCCUGUCAUACUGACUGAUGAUCUUGUCAAUGUGAAGCAGCUUUAAGGAACACUGCUAAAUGCUAAGACAUGGACAACUUACUUUACACAACAUGCAGACCAUAAUGACUGUGAGGACGCUUUGGAAAGAACAUGGAGAAUGGAGUUGAAAGCUUUUGCUGCUAUUAUUGCCUUUAUGUGCCCUCUCCUUUGUAGAGGCCUUCCUCCACAACAUCUUUCAGCAACCGCAGCUACCUUUGAAAUGCCACUGAUCUUGUUGCUCAUGAUGGCUAUAUUGAGGCAUUCCCUACAAAACGUGUGAUGUGAUGUCAUAAACUUGUUUUCACAUUGAGAUAUGGGGACACAAUUACCGAGGGUCUAAGUUAUGAUUAUGAUGUGAACACAGGAGAUAUGGAGUUCGCCUUCUUUUGUAAUAAAUUAUAAGUUUGAGGAAGCUUUUGACAGUACAUGAAGAAUGGAAUGGAAAGCUUUUGCUGCUAUGACUGCCUUGAUUUGCCCUCUUCUUGGUAAAGGUCUUCUUCCAUCAAAACUUUCAGCAACAGUAGCUACUGGUGAAGUUAUACUAAUGCCCAUGAUAGAAAAUAUUGAGACCCACUCGUGAGAUUCACAACAUGGAAGACUAGUUACGAAUUCAAAUGAAUGUCCAAACCAAGGUUGCCCAGAAUAGUAAAAGUUCGACUUCAUUGGGGGUCAUCAAGUUGUAUCACGUUUGCCUUGAUUUGGUUAUGAACAAUAAACCUAACGGCUAAGGACAAGAAUUUAACCCACAUGAUUGUUUUUGAGGCAUUUAAGCAGCAGUGGUGAAGUUGAAGUUCUCACAAUGAGUCCGGAUUCCGCUAAGUGGGCCACCAAAGCCCAACAUUUGCUUGCUCAGAUCAAAUUUUAGUGGAAUAUCCUGCAUCUGGUAUGUUCCAAUGUUGACUUUAGCUCUGUACUCAUUCUUACCAUUCACAAAUGCCAGACACAACACCCCAGGCUGGGCCUCCACCAUGGAGUUCAGCCCAAAAAUGGACCAGACUGCGUCUUUACCCUCCAUCUCGAGAUCGAUGCUAGGAACGCCAGGGCCCAACCGAGUUGACGAGAAAUGUUUGGACUCAUAGCACAGCCCAAAUGGUGCUAUGGGCUUUACUUGUGGCACCUUAGAGAGCUGCUUAGCAAAGAAUGAAGUUAUGGCCUUGAAAAUGGAAUCUUCUAGUAUGGUGUAAGGCAACAGUGUGUUGAAUACAGUUCCGCCGCCAGAACCCGUGUCUGUUACUGAUAGCAAAGAAGUGUUGAGGCCAGGAACAAGCUUUUGGUUGAUUUUGAUGGACUUGACAUUUACAUAAUACUCAUCAAACGGGCUUAUGGUUAGUGGUGUGUAUCUGAGAUUUUGUGAUACAUCAAUUCCUGGGAGGAAACUGUAAGGUCCAUCUGAGCCAAAGAAAAUGACCCCAUCAGCUGAGGUACUGGAUGAGAUGCACAUAGUGAAUAUAGGCUUAAUCCCAGUUUUAGAGGCAAGCACGUUUUGUAACGCAAUGGGAGAAUGGGCCAACCCUGCUACACCUUGAACACCUUUGGGCAAGCGUAAUUCAACCAAGGCCGAUGGCGCGCAGGUGAAGAGGUAGUCACGUAUGCGGACCAAUGGGCCAGGGUUGAGGCCAUUGGUUGAACUGAAAGCAAAGACAUCUUGAGCUAACUCACCAAUAGUACUUUGGUGGGAUACUGGAUUCUCCAAUAAGUACCCACAUGUAUUAGUAUGGCAAAAUGGUCUAGCUCCUUGACAAUUAUUAAAACAAUAGCUAGUACGAGCCGUUUUACAUUGAGCUGAACUACACUUGGGUUGGCUGAAGGUCGAUGAGGUAUAAUCGGUCUCGCAAUUAGCCCAUAAGUGACGGGCCGUGAGAUCGACAAUAAAUUUGACUGGGAUGAGGGGAGUUCUACCAUAAAUGUUGGCUACUAAGAGUUUAGAAGCAGCAUCUUGACGUAUUGGUAAAACUAGUGCUUUUGGUUUAGGAGAUGAAGCAUAAACUUGGUUAAGAAAAGUGUUGGAGAAUAGAGAAAAUAAAGUUAGGAAGAGUAGAGUAAGAUGAGCCAUAUGAAUACUACUAUGAUGUGAAAAUAGAAUGGUUUUAAUUUUGUUGGUGUAUGAAGAAAUGAAGUGGAGGGCUUAUAUAUAGUGGAGGUAUAAUGGUAUUAAUUUAUAUUAUCUAAUAUCAUUUCCUCACGAGUUUUAUUUAUUUUGUUAGUUUAGUAUACAAUUAUUAAGCGAGUGAUGCGGUGAUGAGUGGGUUUUGGGAAGUGGUAUGUGAUAUUUGUAAACGCGUAAGAUCCACAAUGUUUGACUAGUAUUUAAACUAUUCUUCC